AUGGCUUUCUGGGGAGUGGAAGUAAAACCGGGAAAGCCUAUUACUCAUAAAUUUGAUGACUCCAAAGGACGCCUCCAUAUUUCAAUGGCCACUUUGGGGUUGGGCACUGCCACAGCAAAAAGCACACUGCAGUGCAAUGUUGGAAACAGGAGUCCUGUAUAUCUAUGCUCUCUCUAUCCUGGAAACUCCGAGUCAUUGCAAUUAAAUUUAGAGCUCGAGGAAGUUGAUAACGUUCUUUUCUCUGUAAUUGGCCCUCGGAGCAUUCAUCUCUGCGGUUACUAUCUUGCCACUGCCUGCACAACCAAUCUUAUUGAUAAUUCGGAAUCAUAUGGGGAGGAUAUUGCUGAUACAGAAACAGAGAGAUCUGAUUACAGUGAUGAAGAUGAGUACGAGGAUAGUUUUAUUGAUGAUGACAUUGUUCCAGAGGCUUCCUCACCAUCUCCUAUUUCCAAAGAAGAGGAAGCAUCUCGUGAUAAAAGACCAAAAAGUAGGAAAGGCAGUCUUCGACGGCUUAGGAAGAAGUACCAGUCAUUUGAGUCAGAUGAUAAUGACUGUUACGAAGAAAAGAUAAUUGUCAAUGACAAAAUGCAUGACCAAACCCAGGAAACUGACAAAGAAGAUAGCCUACCUAUUUCAUCUCUUUUCAAGGAUAAAGCUUCCGGAAGGGUCUUGGACGAGGAAAUGGAUGUUAGUGUUGACAAUGGAGCAGCUGAUGCCAGCAACAAGAAUGGUGAAGAGGGUGGAAAUAGUAUGUUUGAAACAAACUUAAAGACUGGCCAUGCCCUUGCAGAUAGUCAGACAUAUAGGGAAGCUGUACCGUCAAAGCAUUUGGUAGAUCCUAGCACAGGUCUGGAUGUUGGGGAUAUUAAAAAUUUAAAAAAGAAAAAGAAGAGAAAGGAAAAAGAGACAAAGAGCUCCUGCAAUGGCCAUUCUAUCAAACUAGAUAAUGGUAUAGAUGAGCCACAAAUAGAAAAGACAACCCAGGAUUUUGUGACAGGAGGUAAACAAGAGCAGCAUGCUGAUGCUAUGGAAACUGAGACCACAGAUAAAAUACUGCCUUUGUCUCAGGUUGAUCAUGGACAGGGUGAAAAGCCAAAGAAGAAAAGGAAAGUAAGGUCUAAUGAGGGGGUGGUUUCGGUUGCUACUGAUGAUUAUCAUGACAGUCUUGUCAAUCUACCUCUAAGAAAUGAACAGCACCCAGUUAAUGAACUUGCAGCUAAGUCCCUCAAUUGCGCUGGCAAUGUUGCAUUGCCUUAUGCUGAGAAGGAUACUAAAAAGAAUAGAACAAAGAGGAAAAAGCAAGAACAGGGAAACAAAAGUGACAAUGAAUAUCAUGAAGAUAUCAUCGAAGAGGACAAAGUCAACACAGAUGCAGCAGAGUCACGGACUCUGAUUCAUAAUGUUUUGGAAGAAAAAGAGCAGCAUCAGAAGCUAAUUAAUGAGAAGAGUGUAGAUAAUGAUUUGUAUGACUUUUCUAAUGGAAAUCAAUCUGAAGAUAGAAAAGUUAAGAAAAGGAAGAAAAUGAGCAAAAGUGAGGGUAAUGGGGAAGUUGUAAAUUCUGAUAUUACUUCAUGUGUUCAGCGAAGUGGUGACACUGAGAUCAUGGAGGAGGAUAGAAAUAAGGGGGACGAUGCAAAGUUUUCCCAAGUUAGAACAUUGAUAAAUGGACUAGUUAUUCAGGAACUAGAGAGAACGGGUAUAAAAGAUGGCAAAAUCGCUGCUUCAGGGAAAAAGAUUAGCAUCUAUUACACUGGCAAGUUAAAGGAAAAUGGAGCUUUAUUUGAGUCAAAUGCUGGCCAAGCUCCUUUCAAAUUUCGCCUUGGUAAAGGAGAAGUUAUCGAGGGUUGGGAUGUUGGCCUUGAAGGCAUGCAAGUUGGAGAAAAGAGAAGACUUGUAAUUCCACCAUCACUGACAGUGAUGAUAUGGUGUGGAAUUGAAGAAAAGAGAGAAUCUUGUUGUGGAGUUGGGAGGGAAAUUGAAAGAAGAAUCGAAUAG